CCUUGAGAACUACGUUAAGGGUACACGUGUCUGUGGAGUGCUCAGCCACUUGCAUGUUAAUUUCACGAGCAGGUUGUUCCGUUGAUCGGAUCAACUGGAACCCUCGACAUCGUAAAUGACGAGUGCCAACAACAAACAAACAAACAAACAAGCAUAAAUAUAUCAAGAAGACAGCCUCCCCUGUAGAUCAAGAAUAUUUUAUGUUUGACAUUUAGAUUUAGUCAAGUUUCAUUAAUUUCAUAUCAUGUUCCAUUUUUCCAUGAUCCUCUUUCAUCUCACAGAGAAAUUUUAAUUAUUUUUGUAUUUCUGAUCUUUUUGAUGUCUGUGGAUGGAUAUUGAUAUGUUUGAGGCUGUUUUUGAAUAUAAUUCUGGAGAAUUGAAGAGGCAAAUUUACCUCAUCUUGUCUUACUCAUUUUGACCCAUCUGAGUUUGUCCAAACAGAACAUAAAUAAUUUUCUGAAAUAGUAUUCUGAAUAUGUUAGUGUUUAUAAUGCAUUUAGAGAAGGUCAUUUGCUUAGUUGACAUAGUUUUUGUAAGGUUGUGAACAAUGAUAAAAAAUAUAUUUCUUCUCAAAGUCAAAAAUGUGGUAAAAACUCUUAUUUUGCCCUACCCACCACAAUAAAAGAUUUAUAAUAUAAAGUAUUUCUUUAGGAUAAAAGCAUUAUUAUUGUUUCAUGAAUUGUUUAAGGGUUGCAGAGGGGGCAAUUUAAUUAGAAAUUUUUGCAUUUUCAAAUGCAAUGAAGAACCAUUCAAACUUAUCUUAUGAAAGAACUACAUUCAAAUAUUUAAUAUUUUGGUAUGUAAUAAUAUAUGCAAAGGGCUUUUAAUUAAUCUCACCAGUGUCAUUUGAAUGGGGGAAUUGUUAACAACACUGCCUACUUUCCGUGUUCAUAAUUAUGUUAUUUGUAGUAAUUAUUUCAUGUGAAGAUAAACUUUAAUAUUUGUGGACAACAUGAAGUGACCCACAUGUCUGAGGGGCAUUGUUCCAUUAAGUUCAUGAGUAAAUAUUUCAUUUCAUCACAAAAUUUGUUACCUCAUUAAUUGAUUGUUCCUUGUUUUACAGGUCAGGGGAAAUGUGUUUUAAUUGCACACAGAUAUGAAUGAAUAGUUUUUCUAGCACUACUUGAUAUUUCAUUUCAAACACUCUACUGGUAAGUAGAAAAUAUAUCUACAUUGCACAUGUUCCGCAGAUGUAAACAAAGUUUCAUGAUAUCUUGAACAAGAGACUGAACCCUAAUACAUUAUACUCAGAAUUUCAAAAGAAUUAAUAUGGAGAACAUUAAUCACCUAAAUACUUCCAAUGCAGCUGUUUUGAACGAUAUAACUACAGUUACAAAGACAGACAAUGGUGAGGAACCUGUAGACAAAAAUAUUCCUGAAUAUCACUGUGAGAUUUGUAUACAGACAUUCUCUUCGAAAUAUGAACUCUCUAAACAUGAAGGAUUACACAAAGUUACAUCAUAUCAUUGUGAAGUUUGUGGAAAAUAUUUUCUCUCCAGCACUAAUUUAAAAAAUCACAAAAGAAUUCACACAGGAGAGAAACCUUUCCACUGUGAAACGUGUGGCAAAUCUUUCUCUGGUAGUUACAGUCUUGUAGUUCAUGUACGCAGUCAUACUGGAGAGAAACCAUAUUACUGUGAAAUAUGUGGAAAAUAUUUUGUCUCAAAUAGCAUAUUAACAAAUCAUAAAAAAGUACACACUGGAGAAAAGCCCUUUCGUUGUGAAAUAUGUGGGAAAGAUUUUCUCAAAAACUGUAAUUUAAUAAGACACAAAAGGAUGCAUACUGGAGAUAGACCUUAUCAGUGUGAAUUGUGUGAGAAAUCAUUCUUUGAUAAGGCUAACCUUAGAAUUCAUAUACGUGGUCACAUUGGAGAUAAACCAUAUCGUUGUGAAAUUUGUGGAAAAUGUUUUUUCCACAACAGUGAUUUAAUAAUACAUCAAAGAAUACAUACUGGAGAAAAACCGUUCCACUGUGAAAUCUGUGGAAGAUCAUUCACUCAGAAUUCUGGUUUUGUUACCCACCAAAGAAUACAUAGUGGAGAAAAACCAUUUCAUUGUGAAAUAUGUGGAAAAUCUUUUAUCUCAAGCAGCAGGUUAACAAGUCACAAAAAAGUCCACACUGGAGAAAAACCUUAUGACUGUGAAAUUUGUGGAAAAUCAUUCUCUGCUAAGUUUAGUCUUGUUAUUCAUGUUCGCAGUCACACUGGAGAAAAACCAUUUCAUUGUGAAUUGUGUGGAAAAUCUUAUGUCCAUAAUGGUGACUUCACAAAGCACAAAAAAACACACACUGGAGAAAGACCAUUCCACUGUGAAAUAUGCAGAAAAUCUUUUGCUUCUAACAGUGAAUUAACAAAGCAUAAAAGAAUCCACACUGGCGAAAGACCUUAUCACUGUGAAAUAUGAAUGAAGUCUUUUGUGUCAGGCAGUGGCUUGACAAAGCCUAAAGGAAUAUACGCUGAGACAAAAACUGUCUUGCUGAGAAAUAUCUGGGAAAUCAUAUCUUAACUGUUUAGUAUUUAAACCAGCCGUGUCAGGCAUUAAUAUUUUAUCUGUUUUAUGUACAGAUUGGCCAGAUCAGGCCUCACACACCUACCUUACAAUGUAAUUUGAAAAAUGAACAGUCACGUCAUUAAAAUUUCCAAGUAACAUGAUAAUGCAUGGCUGUAUGGUAAGUAGCUUGCUUCAACCAUAUGGCUCCAGGUUCAGUCCCACUGCGUGGCACCUUUGGCAAGUGUCUUCUUCUAUAGCCUCGGGCCGACCAAAGCCUUGUGAGAGGAAACUGAAAGAAGCCCGUCGUGUAUAUAUAUAUAUGUGUGUGUGUGUGUGUAUUUGUGUGUCUAUGUUUGUCUCCCCAACAUCGCUUGGCAACCGAUGCUGGUGUGUUUACGUCCCUGUAACUUAGCGGUUCGGCAAGGGAGACCGAUAGAAUAAGUACUAAGCUUACAAAGAAUGAGUCCUGGGGUUGAUUUGCUUGACUAAAGGCGGUGCUCCAGCAUGGCCACAGUCAAAUGACUGAAACAAAUAAAAUAAUAAAAUAAACAUUACAUUUGACAGAGUGAUUUGAAUGCUAAGGGGUUAGUAAACUAAAGUGUUACCUGUCUUACAAUGGACACUUUUGUCAUCAUAGGUAAUAUGAAGAAGUAGAGCAUAUAUACAAUAAUUAUAAUUUAAUUUCUGUCAGAUAUAUUGGUGCUUAUGCAGAAUGAUGAAAUGAAUAUCAAUUUUCAAAAGAAAUAUAUUUAAUUAAAAUAUGCG